CCCGAGCGAUACGCGGCUGCAGCGACUCUCCUCCUCCUCCUCCUCCUCCGUUUGGAGUGCGGAAGAAAAAGCGGUUUAUUUUUAUUACUGGUAUUAUGCGUUUGAACUCGCGCGAGGAUCCGGUCUGUGGGUUUGAUGUGUAUUUAUUUGAUCGAGACUGUUACAGAUCAAAGGGCCUGAAUUUCCAAAAACACAAUGCAGCAGCAAGAAUAAGAAAAAGCGAAAGGGGCGGAAUGAAAGAGGGAAACAGAGUGCCAGAUAUUGAUAGCCUGGGAUAUAUAUAAGGAAACUUAAGGAUUAAACAAUCUUGCACAAGCUUGAGUAAAAAUGAAGCCUAUAAAAAAACAAGGCAGACGGUCACCUCCAUCCACACGAGGCAAAGGGACUAAAAAAAGGGGGCUGACUGGUGCGAGCCCAGAAGAGGAGAACAGAGACACGGAAGAAAAACCCAGGCUGUCACCCUCCUCUCCUAAGAGACUGAUAUCGUCAAAUUCAGACUCAUCACAGGAUGAGCUUAUUAAACCCAUCAGGACCCCAGACACAGAGGGAAAAAUACUGGAUGUAUCAGUUGAUUAUGAGAAGGCUAAGGAGCAUUCUCGGAACUUCAAGUCAGGCGGAACUCAGAGUGACAGCAACAGCCCUAAUCCGUCCUCCAGCCGCAAGACAGCCACCUUUAAGGCCCGCGUGCCAAAGAAAAAAUAUACCUCUGAGCACUAUGCUGGAAACCAUGGCAAUGAUGGAAAUUCCAGUACGCCCCCACAGAGUAACAGCAGCACACCUCAGAAUUCCUCCAGUGCUAGUCAGGGCAGCACCCCUGGAGCAGAAUCCACAGAUCUAGUCAGUCAGAGCAACCAGGUACCUGUGGUCAGCACCUCAGGGGUCAUACAGAACAGCAUGACAACACAAUCAAACAGAGUGGGAGAUGAGAAUAGCGAGAGAGAAAAGACAAACACAUCUAGUCCUCAACGCUGCUCCUCCACGGACACGGCCAGUGAGCACUCGGCUGACCUUGACGUGACGACACAGCAACCUGAAUCACAGUCCAAUGUUCAAGCUGGCGGGUCUCAAGCUCAUGUUAGUCCUGAGCCUCCACAGGAAAACCUACCAGUUGGGCUGUCACAAACGCUCGCUAAGGGUUUAAAGAACCAGAGGGUCCUUGCCAGAGUGAGCACAAGAAGAGGGGACAGGUGGCCACCCGAUAGAGGACGAGAGUCAUCAGGAGUUUUUCUUGCUGGUGUUGUACGAGAAGUCAGUGGAGAGCAUGGAAUUGUGGAGGUGCAGUUUCACGGAGAGGAAACGAUAUACAAAUACCCAUUCCGAGUGUCUUCUGAUAUGGUAGAUGUGAUAUUGGAUGCACCCCCUCCAGGGCAUGCGUCUGUACCCAUAGGAACACGUGUCUGUGUGCCCUUUGGUGGUGGCAGUGAAAGCAGCGAGGGGGCACAACAGUGGUACAGAGAAGGCCUGAUUACCCAGGUGGACCCUCACCCUGCUGUUUCCUUCCCUUAUCGUGUCCAGCUUGAAAAGGAUCCAGCAGAUGAAAAUGAUAAAAUUGGACCAGAGGAGGACUGGAGGGCCAAAACUGCUCAAGCAGUGUGGGUCUCACGGCAGAGUCUCCGCCUUCUGGUUCCACCUUGGGACCUGGAGCUGCCUCAAACCACUGACCAAGUAAAGAAUGGUCGCAGUGGGGCAGAAAGAGAGAGGAUGUGGGAGAAUAAAGGAGAGAUGGAAGUUGAAUCAGAACUGUGUCGUUUUAGCAUGGUGCAUGGUGUCACAGGGCCAGUCUUAGUCACAGGACUGUUACACCCUGAAACUCCUUCAUUACCACUUUCCUCAUCCUCAAUUAGCACUGCCAUCACUUCUGUUCUCAGCAUAGCGCCAGAUAGAGCUUGGGACUGCAGCCGACAAAAAGAGCUGGAGAAAGAGAGGGAGUUGCAAAGGCAAUCUGAAAAAGAACGGGAAAGAGAAAGGAUUUCUUUACAAGCACCAGCCCCAGAAGAAGACAUGGAAGUUAGCCAUUUUAGCAUGGCUCCACUCAGGGAGGGUAGCCUCACUUUAGCCAUGGGCACCAAACCUUCAGUGGUGCCCUCCCAACAUCGACCCAUUCUUUCCAAGCCUGACUACCUCAGCCCUCAUCUGUCAGUGGUGAGAGGCAUAGGCACACCAUUAGCACCCCACUUAUCCCUUGGCCCCUCCUCUGUACUUUUGGGAAUGGAUGCAACCGCGGGGGCCACAGUCAUCUCUUCUACCCCACAGCUGCCUCCACUGCCUCCUUCCUCUUCUCGCAGCUCCCUGGAGAAAACAUCCACAUCUAGCUCCCAUGGUACAUCAGGUGGAGGUUCUAGCUCGUCUUCUUCAUCACGUUCCCGUACACCUCUGACAGCUGCACAGCAAAAGUAUAAGAAGGGGGAUGUGGUAUGUACUCCCACAGGAAUCAGAAAAAAAUUUAAUGGAAAGCAGUGGCGGCGACUGUGUUCUCGUGAGGGCUGUUCUAAAGAGUCCCAGCGUCGUGGCUACUGCUCCCGUCAUUUGUCUAUGCGUACUAAAGAAAUGGAGGCAGGAGGGGGUUUGUGCAGAGACCGAAGUGGUGCCAGCAGUACAGGCACCCUUACACCUGAUCUCCGCUUAGGAGGUCGUACCAGCAGUGAGAUUGAUUGGGAUGAGACAUCCCAUGACAGUAGCGAAGCCAGCAGUCGUGGAGGAGACUCACGUCCUCGUCUAAUUUUGCCUUCCCUUCUACCGCAAGAGCUGCCACGUGAUUUGUCACGCUUUGAUUUUGAUGAGUGCGAGGCAGCAAACAUGUUAGUUUCUUUGGGCAGCUCACGCUCAGGCACUCCCUCGUUCUCUCCUGUGUCUAAUCAAUCACCAUUCUCCCCUGCCCCAUCUCCUUCACCAUCUCCACUUUUUGGGUUUCGCCCAGCCAAUUUUAGCCCCAUCACUGCACCGACAUCUCUCACACCUCGCCGUCCACGCCAUCUUAGUGGUACCAAGCUGGGUACCCCUAGUGCAGAGCGGGAUCGGCACUUAUCUGGAAUCAUGCCCACAUUUCAGACCAAUCUGACCUUUACUGUGCCUGUGAGUCCCAGCAAGCGUAAGUUGGAUGCACCACCACCUCCACUUCCCAUUGCACCUGAUUAUACUAAGUCUGAUCCCCAACUAAGUGACUUGCCACUGGUUCUUAAUCCUGCAGCCUUUAGAACUGUAUCACCUCAAAGCCAGUCGAACACACCUUCUUCUCUUUCUUUUCCUCGACCAAGGAGCACAACCAGUCGUCCCUCAUCUUCUGCCGCGUCCACUCCUCCACCUAUGUUGGUCUCUCCAACACCCCCCUCACCCCUACCCCAGGACCCCAGCUCACGCCGUAUUGUUCCCCUACGGGAUUCACCUGUAAUCGUCCGCAAUCCUGAUGUGCCAUUGGCAAAAUUCAGUGACGGUCCUUUAGGCAGAAGAACAGGAUCCCACUCCAGAGAGCAAAGUCAACCACCUCAUCUUGCUGUGGGUCUCCAGGCUCCUAUUCCUAUUAACAGAGCUGCCACAAAUGGUACAGUACUGCUCCGGAACUCUGCCCCCACCUUGGUGCUGGUAACCUCCGCUCCAUCACUUACUACUGUGGCAGCCGGUCAUCAAACCUAUUCAACCCACAGCCCCAGCUGUGUUUCUUCCUCCAAUAUAGCCACUGGUUCCACCAGUUCAGGCUCUGGAGGGGGAGAGCAAGACAGAAAGCCAGGUGAACAUUUAGAUGUACCAGGGCUUUUACCACAACCUGUGGCCUGCCAUCCGAGUCCCACUGCCCUACUGCCUCUCAUUCUACCAGCAGAGUCUCCCCAUCCUGCCCCUCGCAAAGACAUCAUAAUGGGACGACCUGGCACAGUCUGGACUAAUGUGGAGCCUCGCUCAGUGCAAGUGUUCCCCUGGCAUUCAUUGGUUCCUUUCCUGGAGACCAGCCAAUCGAAUUCAUCCAACAAUCCUACAGAUGGACAAACACAGAGCAAAGAGCCCCAAUGUGGAGUAGCUCUCAUGACUGAUGACCAGUCAGGUGCUGAGAGAGCAUCGCCCUCCUGCCCACCGCCCUCCAUAGGUGAUCCCCCAGCAGAGAGCGGAGGAGGAGGAGAUAGCGAGACGGAGAGCGAUGCUGAUGAUCUCUUUUACUCUGGUGGAGCCCAAGAUUCUUCCCCAUUAACGGGUCCAGGAAAGAGACGGACCCAAUCGCUCAGCGCUUUGCCCAAAGACAACGACAAGAAGAGAGAGAAGGACCACAUACGCCGGCCAAUGAACGCAUUCAUGAUCUUCAGCAAGCGCCACCGCGCUUUGGUGCACCAGAGGCACCCAAACCAGGACAACCGCACAGUCAGUAAGAUCCUGGGUGAGUGGUGGUACGCUCUAGGUGCUAAGGAGAAGCAGAAGUACCACGACCUCGCCUUCCAGGUGAAGGAGGCUCAUUUUAGGGCUCACCCUGACUGGAAGUGGUGCAAUAAAGACAGGAGGAAGUCUUUGUCAGAGGGCAGGGGCACUCCAGGGGCUAAAGAAAACCGAGAACGAAGUGCCGCUGAAAGCACAGAGAGCCAGGCAGUUUCUCAGAGGGGUGAGCACAAGGGAGCAGGGCCUAGCUGGGUGUCACCAGAGUCUGAGCACUGGGGAGGGCCAGUGGAAAGUCAGCUGACACGACCUCGAUCUUUGUCCCAGAGUGCAGUGCCUAGCCCGGAGAGAAGAGAGGGAGAAAAGGAUCUGGCAAAGAAUGGAGUAAGUUUAUUUCAGCCUGGCCCUCCUUCUGCCUCCCAUCGUGAUACUAGCGAGGACGUAACUAGUGAUGAAGAGCCAAUGGUCAUCUGUGAGGAAGAAGGAGAUGAUGAUGUCAUAGGUGAUUCAUUUCAAGAGGGAUCAAUUGACCUAAAUUGCAAAGAGAGAGUGACAGACAGCGAUGAUGAGAAUGAUCCCGCAGAUGAAACUGAUGGCAAACAAGUUGUUCGUCCUCUUUUGCACGCAUCUCCUGGAGGCAAAUCUGCAAAAAAAGAUACAGAAGGCAAGGGACAGGGUGCAGACAGUAAGAUAAAGCAGGAGACAGAGCCUGGAGAGCUGUGUGAAGGAAUAAAAGAAGGAAAGGGAGAAGGCGGAGGUCUGGGAGAUGGAGGAGCAGGCCAGGUCUCUAAUUGUUUUAGCCUAAACGGCGCUCUGUCAUCUGACGCAAAAGGAUUACGGGCGCUAGGGACAGUCCAAGCGGCACACACGGUGAUGACAAACGUGGUGCGACCUGUAACCAGUACCCCCAUUGCAAUAGCCAGCAAGCCUGCUGAAGGCUGCACGCCUCUUGGGACUUCAGGCCCUGAUGGGAAGCCCAAGUUUCUGAUUGGUGGGGGAGGACCAGGAGGAAGUGGGGCUAUUCCAGGGGGUGGGUACUUUUCUGCCUCCUCUCCCAAACCUGUUGGGCAAGGAGGUCUAGUUGCAGGUUUAGUGCUUGGAGGAGCAUUCCCAAACCCACCUACUGUUCAACUCAUAACCCCACCCCAACCCCUGCCCAGCCCCACCACUAGUAACGGAAUUCCUACCAACAGCGCUGUGCCCCUCCCUCUACUUCAGCCUCAGUUCCUUCCAGCAGCCUCGCUCACGCCCCCUAGCAACGGCAAACAAGUCACCCAGGUGCAGUACAUCCUUCCAACUUUACCAGCCACAGCUACCCUAAACAGCCCCUCUCCGCAGCAGACGCACCAGUCACCCGGCGUUCUUGCCCUGCCCACCGCCCUGCCGGCGCACUUAUCAUUGUCAAACGGAUUGCAUGCAGGGGCUGGGCCAGGGAUCAGAUACGCCUCAGUGCCAGCAGUGGGAGGGGUCAGCCCAGGAGGAAGAGCACGCUCUCCAGUCUUACAAAACAAAAUGCUGGUUCCCAUGACAACAGUAAGGCCUGGAUCAACACCUCCACAGCCCAUUUCCCUUGUGGCCCAGCCUCUUCCUGUUCAAAAUGGCAUGCAACCUGGAAGUAAGCUCAUCCAGAUUGCCCCGAUGCCGGUGGUCCAAACAAAUGUCCAGCCUGCACGAACCGUGAACCCUGCUGCCUCGUUCCCGGUCUCCAUGGCAACAGCAACUGUCAUGGCCUCAGGUGUCACGUCUCCUCAGACAGUGCUAUUGACUCCAUCUGCUACCAGGAUUACAUAUGUUCAAUCCACCACUGGUGUCGCUACACCUUUGCCCUUGGGGUCCACAUCAGCAGUCUCGACACCUCCACGAGCAGCACCCCCUCACACACAAGCAUUUUUGCCCCCUGGCAUGGCCACACUGGGCUUCACUGCCAUCGCACCCGCUGGUUCCGCACUGAUGCCUCCUAUAGUGGCAGGCCAGCCUCCUCUCCUGGCUCAGGGUCCAUCCCCCAGCUGCUUGCCCCAGUCCUCGGCAUCGGAGUCCAGUCGACAGCUAGUGACCGCUCUUUACCCCGGCCCAAGUGUCACCCUGGCGACAGGAGUGGUUUCCAUGACAACCACUUCCCAAAAUGAGACUAGUCCCCUGUCGGUUCUGACAUCCCCCCCAUCGCCUCAUGCGAAGACGUCUACAGCGUCGAGCACGCACUUGUCCUCGCAGACUUUCAUAGACUCAUCGUCACAAGGCACUUCGAAGAUGGAAAGUCUUAAGAGGCCAGAGGCGGAUCCUCCCAGAGAAACAGUGCUGUCAAACACAUCAGGUCAGGUGGAAGAACUAGGACAGCUUGCUAGUCCAAACCCACACCUGCAUUCAGGAAGUAGAGCAGGAUCUCCCAAACCGCCCCUGAGCCCUCCGAAGAUCAAAGCUCAAGCUGAGCAUCAUCUGUCAAGGCCAGAAGAGGAAGGGAAGGAGGCGAGCAGGACAGAGUUGGACUGUGAGAGAGACGAUGGAGGAAUGGCAUCUACAUGGAUCGAGAAAGCAGCACUAGAGAGAGGAGCAGACGAAACCCCCAAAAGCCCAUUAAUUAAUAACACGGAGGAGCACGGCAGAGAGGCUGGACAAAAAGAUGUGUGUGGUUUGGACCUGCCUCCUCCACCAACACAAACCGACACUCCAACACCCAGGAAGAACAAAACCCGGCCCCCGCCACUCAAAAGCACCACCGGCUCAGUGGACAAAGUGAUGUCAGACACGUAUUUCGAGGAGCGACUGGCUGAGCUGCCAGAGUUUAAGCCAGACGAUGCGUUGCCCUCCCCUAGCCUGCAAAAUCUGGCCACGUCUCCCCGGGCGAUACUCGGCAGCUACCGCAAGAAGAGGAAUUCCACAGACAUGGACUCUGUUGAUGACCCCAGCUCCCCACGGAGGAAGAGCCGGCGCUUAUCUAGCUGUAGCUCAGAACCCAACACACCCAAGAGUGCUGCCAAGUGUGAGGGAGAGAUAUUCACCUUCGAUCGAACUGGAGAGACUGCUGACAUUUUAGGCGAGCUGGACCGCGUACCGUACUCUCUACGCCGCACGCUGGAUCAGCGCCGGGCCCUCGUCAUGCAGCUGUUUCAGGAGCAAGGCUCCUUCUUCCCAUCAGCCCAGGCCACAGUUGCUUUCCAGGCCCGCUACUCUGAUACUUUCCCCUCUAAAGUGUGUUUGCAGCUGAAGAUUCGUGAGGUGAGGCAGAAGAUCAUGCAGACCGCCACGCCCGGUGGUUCGGAGAUCCUGGGGAUGGGAGGAGCUUUCGGCAGCUUCGAGUCUGCAUGCGCACCGGGACCGUCCAAUCCUUUAACCGCUGACGACGGUACGGCCGACUUGGACGAUAAGGGCUGCGAGUGGGAGAAGAUCAAGUCGGGCAUGGAUGAAUCGCAGGACCUUAGAUGAAAACCAAGACGUGAGCACGUGGCGCAGUAGGCAGAGUGAAGCGAGUCCACUGACAUUAUACAGCACUUGCAUGGUUUUUAUUGAAUUUAUAACCAAGUGUGUGAAUUUUGUUCCGCUUGUUUUCACGUCAUUACCUUUCCCGUCAGUGGACGCUACCUGUGUCAGGGUGACCAUUUACACAGACUGACCAACACAAACAUAUAUAUGUAUAUAUAUAUAUAUAUAUAUAUAUAUAUAUAUAUAUAUAUAUUAUGCAAGUACACAAAGUUAACUUUCAUAACAGGCACAAGCACCUUUUCAGCGAAGCGCCCGGCAGCACGACAGAGGAGUCGUUCCGUCACUUGCUUUCGAUUCGGAGCCCCUUCCUGCGGCACCUGAGACAGCGUUUCUGCACAAACUUACUUUGCCUGGCAUAAAGAAUAAACUGUUUAGAGGAAAUUUGUGGUAAACGAGCGCGCUUGCACUUUGAUUUGUGAGAGGCGGAGACGGAAGCGUGUGGCUAGAGAGGAAGAGGUGUCUCCACGCCAUGGGACGCCUCCAUUUUGUGGAGAAAACAGGCUCAGAAGCGAAACUUCCAAAAGCAACAAACUGAAGACUUUCUUACUUGCAUCUGAGCAGAAAGCAAACGCUAUAGUGACUGCCAAAACCGCACAACAACGAGGAAACCAACAUCACACCGCGCACACAACCCGACGGAGCGAACGGUGUGCGUCCUCUCCAGUGGAAAAUCAUUAGCAAGAUCAAUGGAAAAAACCCAACAACACACACUCUCUUUCACGCAACGAGUCCAUGCUUCGUCCAUGCAUUUGUAGUUGUUGUGUCGUAUUGGUGGUAUCUAUACACCCCCUCCCCCCCUCCGCUUUAUUAUCCCAAGCUCUUCUUCUCAGGCCUCUGUCUCUGGCCUUUUCUCGGCUCAACCUCUCACUGUAUAUAACCAUGACGGCUCAGGGGCUUAAGGCUCUUCGCUUCCCCCUCUCCCCCCUUCCUUUUUUUUAAUGUUUUUAUCAGACGUUUGCACAAUACGUGGUCCUCGACCACACUAAAUCAGGAAAGUGUUUGUUUUUCGACAUGUGUAAAAAAAGAAACUAACCAACAACUGCAUUUCUCUUGUGAAAUUUCUCUGCUUUUUAUUUUUCGUCCUCCCGUAGCAUAUAGCUUUCCUUAAAAAAUACCCUUUUUUAGAAAAAAAAAAUCUUAUUUCUUGCUUCUUUUUCUUCUUCUCAAACUGUUACCUACCUUGUAUGGAAAGUGCCCCCGAGGGGCUGGUCCAGAACCUGUAAUCGUGGGUGUUACUUAAACAGGAUUAUGCAAAGGGACAGACCUGAGACCAGCGCUAAGGCGGCAUUCCUCAGGAUCUCCCCCUUUCCUUUAGCUGCCACAUCUUUCACUGGUGCAAUAGGACUGUGUGGACGGGAAGUUUCUUUUAGAUUUUAGAUGAGUGACCAGUUUUUGUGCCAUAGAUUCUUACUGUUUAUAAGGAUAAAGGUGUUACAGUAUGAUUAUAUAUACAUUAAAAAUCUAUAUAUUAGUAAUAAUAACAUUAAUAUUUGAGUGUGAGGAAAGUAAUCCAAAUAAACUGUCCAAACAUUGGGCCUCAUUUAUCAAACUAGAAACAUACAGUAAAUUGCUCCUGGAAUCGUUCAUGCAACUCAGCGGCUGCACAAAUCUGAUGAACAUUUUGCAAACCCCAGUUAAUAGCAUCAGUUAUAGACAUACAUCGAUCAUCCGUAACAUUAAGACUGACUACAAGUUAUACCGCGGUGAACUGGGGACAGGAUCAUCGGCAGCUGAGGCUCACCCAUGCCUGGUCUAAAAAAAAAGUUAAUACCUGCUGCAUAUUAGAUGAAAGGCACCGGAACACCCAGUGCACCACAGCCCACCGCACACAGGGGUGACCCGCGACCCAGUGCACACAGGGGUGACCCGCGACCCAGUGCACACAGGGGUGACCCGCGACCCAGUGCACCACAGCCCACCGCACACAGGGGUGACCCGCGACCCAGUGCACCACAGCCCACCGCACACAGGGGUGACCCGUGACCCAGCCUCCAAACUUCACAGAUCCCAAACCGAUCCAGCACGCACAGGAUGCCCAGGACAAAAGAGUCCGAUCCCAGGAGGCCCCACCCCACAACCCGCAGCACCCAAACGAUCCACUGCCAACGUCCUGCUGAGAGACACCGUCCCCCCAGAGGACCUGCGGAGCCAUAACGGGAGGUGGCACAAGGGGAACCUACACAAUACUGGGCCUAAUGUUUUGUGUUGUAAUGGCACAGCUGAUCGGUGUACUGAAGUUGGGAAAUUUAAUCAGGGAAAUAGAGACAAAUACAUAAGAGCCGUCAUUAUCAUGCCAGCUAAACGUUAAUCUUUUUGCUCCCGACAUUGCGAAACGGCCUCUACCCAUCUUUAAGCUUUGUCUUUCAUGGAUGUCACAAAACAUUAAGGAUAACUGAGGCCCAGUGGGUGUACCGACACUUUGAUACUUCCCAGUCUUCACUUAUAUACACUUAAUUAAAAUAGUUUAAUAGUUAAAACACUUUAUUAGGAACACCUACAUUUGCUCUUUCAUGCAAUUGUGGGUCAAGCAGCCAAUCACGUGGCAGCGGCAUGAUGCAUAAACUCAUCCACACACACGGGUCGGGAGGUUCACCUGAAGGUCUUGCUCUGUAUCUACGAGAUGGGCUGAGUGUACGCUUGCAUGACUGAUCAGGUGUCCCUAAUAAAGUGUUCCCAGGUAUUUAUAGUGUGUGUGUGUGUGUGUGUGUGUGCGUGUGUGUGUGCGCGCGUGAGUGUACUAUAAGAAUGCUCUGUAAUAUGCACCUUGGCAGAUCAGACUUGCCCCUAAAUGCAAUCCGUACUGGACGACUGUUAUGCCUGCGAGCUUAUUAUUAAUGUCGAGGUGAGAGGAUGCCCAAGUAUACGAAAGAUGCAUUUUGGCACUUAACUCGUUCAUUCCCCAGCAUCAGAGAAAUGCUUGCACACACACAUACACACACAUGCACACCUGGACAUGUACGUGUGUUCACUGUUUGAUUGUGUAUCCAAUUAAUUGUCAUUAUCUGACUCUGAAGAAGGAAUUUUUGGAUGAGAAUGAUGAGCGCGAGCUCUUGAGCAGGCAUGUUGAUCAUGUGCAAUAUUUCUAAACAAAAGAAUAUGGAAAAUAUUAAAGACUUAACACAGA